UUCCAUGUUCUGUGUACUGUGGGAGACCAGAUAUAGUGAAUACAGGGUCCUGGGAGAGCAGAUAUAGUGAAUACAGGGUCCUGGGAGAGCAGAUAUAGUGAAUGCAGGGUCCUGGGAGACCAGAUAUAGUGAAUGCAGGGUUCGGGGAGACCAAAUAUAGUGAAUGCAGGGUCCGGGGAGACCAGAUAUAGUGAGUGCAGGGUCCGGGGAGACCAGAUAUAGUGAAUGCAGGGGUCCGGGGAGACCAGAUAUAGUGAAUGCAGGGUCCGGGGAGACCAGAUAUAGUGAAUGCGGGGUCCGGGGAGAGCAGAUAUAGUGAAUGCAGGGUCCGGGGAGA